UGGUUUGAUUUGAUUAUCUCUCUCUUGGUGCUUCUCUGUCUGUCUUUUAUAGCAAGUACAGUCACUACCACAACCACAAGUAGUGUUUUUCUAGAAACGUUCAAAUAGGGAUUCUGUAGAUUUCAGGCCACAUUUCUUCACUACAAUCGCGUUCUUCCAUAAUCUGCACGGCCUCGUGGCUUUUUCUGGAGAAAGUGGUCGGUCAUACAAAUUUGAAGCAUUGUGUAUUCACUGGAUAUGGCUGCUACCAGAAAUACUGUUCUUUUGUUGCUUUGUGUUACUGUUGUUGCUCCAAUUCUGCUCUACACUCAUCCUCUUAGCACCUUCAACUACUCCUCUGCUGAGCAAGAGUUUGUUGAAGAUGUAACUGCUUUUACUGUCAGUGCAGCAGAUUCUGCCCAUCUAAAUCUUCUACCCCAGGAAACUUCUAUGAUCCUUAAGGAACCAAUUGGGGUUGUAUAUACAGAUGACUCUUUGAACACAAAAAAAUUGCCUCAAGGGAAGCAUGUAUCUGCCAGGGUGUUGUCGGCUACAAAUGAGGAAGGUCGAGCUAAAGGGGAGAACCCCAUCAAACUGGUGACAGAUGGAAUUAAGCAAGGAAAUCAUAGCCGCUACUUGGAGAAAGCUGAUAUAACUGGUGAUAGUGCAAAUGGGGAAGAUGCUAUUGAUGUUGAUGACAACGAUGGUAGACUUUCUAAAUCAUCUCAUGCUUCUGAUCAAGCAUCAGAAACUGUCGCUAGUAAGCAGGAGCAACAACCUACUGAAUCAUCUAGCAAAGUAAACAAGAAAGGAUCCAUAUUAUCAGAAACCAAUAAAACACCAUCUGAUGUUCGGGUGCAGCAACUGAAAGAUCAGCUUAUCCAGGCUAAGGUAUUCCUUUCCCUUCAGGCAAUAAAGAACAUCCCCCAUCUCACUCGGGAACUCCGUCUAAGGGUAAAGGAAGUUUCGCGAGUACUUGGAGAUGCAAGCAAAGAUUCUGACUUGCCUAGGAAUGCAAAUGAGAAAAUGAAGGCAAUGGAGCAAUCAUUGAUGAAGGGAAGGCAAAUUCAAGAUGAUUGUGCUACUGCUGUGAAAAAGCUUAGGGCUAUGCUCCACUCAACAGAGGAACAGCUUCGUGUGCACAAGAAGCAGUCCUUGUUCUUGACACAAUUGACAGCAAAAACGUUGCCUAAAGGUCUCCACUGUCUUCCAUUGCGCCUCACAACUGAGUAUUAUAACUUGAAUACGGAUCAACAACAGUUCCCUAAUCAAGAGAAGUUAGAAGACCCUCGGCUAUAUCAUUAUGCAAUAUUCUCGAAUAACAUAAUGGCAACAGCUGUUGUUGUGAAUUCUACCGUUGCCAAUGCAAAGCACGCCUCAAAGCAUGUUUUCCACAUUGUUACUGAUAGGCUCAAUUAUGCGGCAAUGAGGAUGUGGUUCUUGGUUAAUCCACCGGGGAAGGCAACCAUUCAAGUUCAGAACAUUGAAGACUUUACAUGGUUGAAUUCAAGUUACAGUCCAGUUCUCAAGCAGUUGGGUUCUCCUUCUAUGAUAGAUUAUUACUUUAAGGCUCAUCGAGCAACUUCUGAUUCAAACUUAAAGUUUCGGAAUCCAAAGUAUUUAUCUAUAUUGAACCACCUCCGCUUCUACCUACCUGAGAUCUUUCCAAAGCUCAACAAAGUGCUGUUCUUGGAUGAUGAUAUAGUUGUGCAGAAGGAUCUGACUGGUCUUUGGUCAACUGAUUUAAAGGGCAAUGUAAAUGGUGCUGUAGAAACUUGUGGAGAAAGUUUCCACCGUUUUGAUCGCUAUCUCAACUUCUCAAAUCCACUUAUUGCAAAGAAUUUUGACCCCCGUGCAUGUGGAUGGGCAUAUGGUAUGAAUGUUUUUGAUUUAGUUGAAUGGAAGAGGCAAAACAUCACAGAGGUGUACCACAACUGGCAGAAACUGAAUCAUGAUAGACAAUUGUGGAAGUUAGGAACACUGCCGCCUGGUCUUAUAACAUUCUGGAAACGCACUUUCCCACUGAACCGGUAUUGGCAUGUCUUGGGUCUUGGCUACAACCCCAAUGUCAACCAAAAAGAUAUUGAACGGGCUGCUGUUAUACACUACAAUGGAAACAUGAAGCCUUGGCUUGAGAUAAGUAUUCCCAAGUUUCGAGGUUAUUGGACAAAGUAUGUUGACUUUGAUAUCGUGUAUUUGCGAGAAUGCAACAUCAAUCAAUAGAUGGGCCUCGCGGAAGUUUUCUUGGGAUGUUAGCUAUGUUGCAUUUCACCUUAUAAGCUGCAAUUCCAUCUGUGUAGUGCUUCUAUUUUUAUAAAGCUUUAUAUUCUUUUUGUACACAUUUUCCUGUUGUGACCAGUCAUUUUUGGAUUUGGGCAUGGAAGGUUCAAAGGCAAAGUCAGUAUCAUUUUGCAAUCUUUGAUCACAUACCUGCAGAGAUGCUAUCUGUACAUGUAAAUGUAAUGAGUCUAGAUUUGUAUCCUUUGGCUUUGUUUGUAAGAUGUAUUCUCUUUAACAGCGUCCAGCUUGUAUGACACUCAAUUAAGUGAUUUUAUUUUGAGAUAUAUUCUCUUGAAUA